AUGUCCCAAACUGCCCGAAAGUUCGCACAUGGUGAUUACACUGUCGGGUGGAUAUGUGCUUUGCCAGAGACCGAGUUCGUGGCCGCAGGGGCCAUGCUGGAUGAAGAACAUCCAGUGCUUCCUGCCGUCCAUUCGCAAGACACAAAUUCGUACCUUCUUGGCAGGAUUGGCGAUCACAAUGUAGUAAUUGCUUGCUUGCCUGCAGAAACGACUGGCAAAGUGUCUGCUACGGCUGUUGCCAAAGAUAUGCUCCGCAGCUUCCCAGCGGUCCGAUUUGGUCUGAUGGUUGGCAUUGGUGGUGGGGCUCCAUAUUACGGUACGCAGGGAUCUGACCAGGAGGAGGAGGAUUCUGAAGACGAAUUGGAAGAUAUACGAGAUAUAAGACUUGGUGAUGUUGUGGUAAGCCUGCAUUCGAAAUCAGCAGAAGCGGUUGUGCAGUAUGACUUUGGCAAGUCACAGCAGGAAAAGGAGUUUGUCCAUACCGGCGGCAAACUCAACAAGCCCCCGGCAAUAGUUUUGAGCGCAGUUUCUGUGCUCCAGCAACAGCAUAGACGGAAAGGCCAAACGAUUUGCGAGCUGUUAGCGGACACACUCUCAAAGAAUCCUGGCAUGGCUCAAGAAUUUCGGUAUCCAGGUUCGGUGAAAGAUCGGUUGUUCAAACCAGAUGUAGUUCACUUGGAGGGAAGGAAGUCAUGCAAGGCUUGCUGUGGACCCAACAGCAUGAAUCUUGUGAGAAGAACAGACCGGCGUGGAACUGCUCCCAAGAUACAUUAUGGAACCAUUGGAUCAGCGGAUCAAGUGAUGAGGGACGCCAUAUUAAGAAAUAAGUGGGCACAGAAGGAGAAAAUCAUUUGUUUUGAAAUGGAGGCUGCCGGAUUAAUGGACUCGUUUCCCUGCCUCGUCAUUCGAGGUAUCUGCGACUAUGCCGAUUCCCAUAAAAAUAAAAUCUGGCAGCCAUAUGCUGCGGCAACGGCAGCAUCAUAUGCUAAAGAACUUUUGCUCGUUAUUCCUGGGCAAGGUGUCAUGGAUCUAUCUCCGAUUGAGCAAUCUCUUGGCAAAAUCGAAGCGAACGUCGACACGAUGAGGUCUAAGUUAGCCAGAAAAGAAGAUUAUGACUUACUCAACUGGAUCACCGCAGACGACUACGGUCCUUUGCAAAGCGACCAUUUUCGGAGACGACAAGCUGGGACUGGCGAAUGGCUUCUCAACUCAAUGGAGUUUCAGAAGUGGCUCGAGACAAGCCAGGAAACUUUGUUCUGCCCUGGAAUUCCAGGCGCUGGGAAGACAAUCUUGACGUCAAUUGUAAUCGACCACCUGACUAGACGCAUCUCCGAAGAUCGGACUCUCGGCGUUGCAUAUGUUUACUGCAACUUCCAGCAGAAAGACGAACAGACGGUCGACAGAUUACUCUCAAGUUUGCUGAAACAGUUAUCUGAGAGACUACCGACCAUUCCAGGAGAGGUGAGCGACCUUUAUAAGCAGCAUAAAAAGUACCGAACGCGGCCGUCACUAGAAGAAAUCUCACGCACCCUCCAUUCUGUGGCUAUUAAGUACUCAAGAGUAUUUAUCCUCGUCGACGCGCUUGACGAAUGCCGAGAAUCAGAGAAUUGCCGAAUAAAAUUCUUAUCCGAGCUUUUCAGCCUCCAAGCUAGAUGUGGGAUCAAUAUUUUUGCAACUUCUCGGAUGAAUGGCGAGAUUGAGAAGUCAUUUACCAGCGCUAUCUCCCUUGAAAUCCGUGCGACAGACCACGACGUGGAGAUAUAUCUCGAUGAACGAAUGCGACUCCAACAGUUGGAUAUCCUGGAUGAUGACACAAAAAAAGAAAUCAAGCGAACAGUGGUUGAUGCAACUGGUGGAAUGUUCUUGCUCGCAAAGCUGCACAUAAAAUCUCUCAUAACCUUGCCAACGAAGGGUCAUAUCAAGGAUGCGUUACGGAACCUUGCUAAGGGAGAAGAGGCACUAGACAAAACUUACAGCCAGACGAUGGAAAGGAUUGACGACCAUCCAAAGGAAAGACGAGAUCUUGCCAAACAAAUUUUGGGGUGGGUUUUUUACGGGAGAAGGCCACUUUCGAUUUUAGAACUUCGAUACGCCCUUGCUGUUAAGACCCAGUCUGCAAAAGUGGACAAAGACUACGUUCCGAGUACCAAACUCAUACGGUCUCUAUGCCUUGGGCUGGUCACAAUCGAUAAAGGAAGCGCUAUUGUGCGGUUAGUCCACUACACGACGCAGGAAUACUUUCGGCGAACGCAGAGCCGUUGGUUUCCAAGUGCAGAACUUGAAAUCGUGCAAACCUGCAUCACUAUCCUAUCAUUCGAUAAAUUCAAGGGGUUCUGUUCAGAUGAUGCAGAGCUUCACGCACGAAUACGGUUGAACCUUCUCUAUCAUUACUCUGCGCGACACUGGGGCCACCAUGCUCGGGAAGCUUCAAUUAGGGCAGAACAGAUAAUUUUAAGCCUUCUUAAUGGUGCGGCCAAGGUAUCCAGCCUAAAUCAGGAUAGGUCAGCGAACCGGACAAGUGCGCAUAUUGCGGCAUAUUUGGCCCAAAGGAACAAGGUGUUGGAGUUCCUUAAUAGUGAGUCGAACAUCUCUGGCUCAAGUCAGGCAAUGCUGGUAAAUGAAGGCUAUGGCCAAGUCCCCAAUCACAGUCAGGAUGUGCUACGGCAAAUGACAAGCAUGCACCUUGCGACAUAUUUUGGUCUGAGCGACAUUGUAGGAAUUUUGAUCAGGGACGGGCAUGAUCCAAACACCGGGGAUUCUUAUGAGCGGACACCACUAUCCUGGGCGGCAGAAAACGGGCACAAGGAAGUCGUUUGUUUGCUUCUUGAGAUGGCCGGAAUCGACCCCGAUGCCAAGGCAAAGUGGUAA